CCGACCCCGGCGGGCCCUAGCAACCAGAGCAGUGACAGUAGCAACCGCCGGAAUGGCAAAAGCAACAACAAUCAAAGAAGCCCUAGCCAGAUGGGAAGAGAAAACCAGUCAGAAGUCAUCUGAAGCCAAAGAGAUAAAGCUUUAUGCCCAGAUUCCUCCUAUAGAGAAGAUGGAUGCAUCCUUGUCCAUGCUUGCUAGUUGCGAGAAGCUUUCACUGUCUACAAACUGCAUUGAAAAAAUUGCCAACCUGAAUGGCUUAAAAAACUUGAGGAUAUUGUCUUUAGGAAGAAACAACAUAAAGAACUUAAAUGGACUGGAAGCAGUAGGGGACACAUUAGAAGAACUGUGGAUCUCCUACAAUUUUAUUGAGAAGUUGAAAGGAAUCCAUGUGAUGAAGAAACUGAAGAUUCUCUACAUGUCUAACAACCUGGUGAAAGAGUGGGCUGAAUUUGUGAAGCUGGCAGAACUGCCGUGCCUGGAAGACCUGGUGUUCGUAGGCAAUCCCUUGGAAGAGAAGCAUUCUGCUGAGGGAAACUGGAUUGAAGAGGCAACCAAGAGAGUGCCCAAACUGAAAAAGUUGGAUGGUACCCCGGUAAUUAAAGAGGAUGAGGAAGAAGAAAACUAACACCACAUUUUCUGCUUUGUGUUAACUUAUUUAAAUGUCAUAAGAACAAUAGAUACAUUUUGUAUAAUUGUCUAUUUUAAAGAUUCUGUGUGGGGCAAAAGGUUCUUAAGAUAAAACAAAUCUUUUUUUUUCUUAACCUAUUCAGUGUUUCUCCCCCAAAUGGUAACACCAACUUUAUAUAUUAUAGUCCUCUUCAGUCUCCAUCUACUAAAAUCUUUAUAGAUUGACCAGUCAUUUUUAACAAAAGAACAAAUAUAGUUCUUCAUUCAGUGUUUUUUAGGUUAGACAGUUAAAUAUAUACACUUAAAUUUUGAAUCUGUAGACUGUCUUCCCUGAAGGUCCAUCUCCUCAUGACUCAGAAGCACACAUGUCUUGCCUUUGGUUCCAAAGGCAGCAUGGUGACAGGAGGAAAUGCAGCAGCAGCCACAGAAGCAAAACUCCGAAGUCACAAUGAAAAAGCUGUGGUGAAAAAACGAAAAAUUAGUAUCUUAGAGGCCUUAUAGCCCGUGUUAUGUUUACUUGUCUUUCAAAAAAUGUGUACAUGUCAACUGGAAGUUAGGUUGUGUGUACAUGUGUGGCCACUCGAGUCACUGUACAUAGUCAUUCUGUGAUCCAGGUCAGUGGUUAAAGUGACUGUCAUAAUUAUUCCUUUGACCAGCACUGAGGCCAUGUUACCCAUGUGGAUCUGAUUUUAGGCACAGGUUUUGUGUUUAUAGUUCUUCAUAUGUUAUAUAAGGAAAUAUGUAUAAGCAGUAGGUAUAUUUGAAUUCCUAGCCUAAAUAUUGGCCAUUCAUAUAUGUCAAAAUGUACCCUAAUAACUUUGAUCUGUUGACUGUUCUGUUGGGAGAAGUGAUUGCUAUAAAGCUAUAGAACUUAAAGACGGGAUCUGGUACCUUUCAACAAAUUAAAUUUAGUAUUUCAAAAUAUAUUUUUAGAAAAGUUCUAAGUUAAAUAGCUCUUAAAAUGAAUUAUGCAAGUGGUUAUGGAGGGAAAAGAGAUGUUUCAUUAUGGGAUUCCAGGCAAAUGGCAAUAUGUUUGAGGAUUGCGUUCUCUGUGAAGCAUUGCAGGAGAUUUAACCUCAAAAUUGUAAAGCAAUAGUUGGAUGCAGAGCUUAGAAUUUAUCAUAUAAGGAAAAAAUUCUUUAUGGAAAAUGCAAGAUAUGGUAGUCAGUAACCAGAUGAAGUCCAUAGCAGGCCACGGCUAAAUAAAUCAGUGAUAGAGUUGCAGUAAGGAAGUCAGAGGCCCUCUGCCAAUUUGUGCCUGAAGUCCCUCAUCCAGAGACUGUUGAUUUUUAUUUCCCCAUUUACUCGUGUAAAAUCAGCCAAAGAGGGAAGACUCAUUUUUGUUUUAAAUCCUCACCUGAAGACAUUUUUCCAUUUUUUGUUCAGCUAGAGUGGGUGGGGGAGAG